CAGAAGAGAAGCGAAGAGAGAUGGCAGACACUGCAUCAACAACAUCUAGUUCAUCGGGAGGAGAAGUUGCGCCGCUACAAAUGGACAAACGGCUCCUGAAUGUAGCCACAUCUGGUGAUUCCAAAUCAAUGCAGUCCUUGGCUACACAGAAUCCGGGCAUUCUUCUCGGAACAACUCCAACAGGAAACACCUGCCUUCACAUAGCCUCCACCCUUGGCCACCAAGGAUUCUGCAUGGAUGUGGUGGCACUAGAUAACUCACUCCUCACCGUGGAAAACAUGGAUGGGGAGACGCCACUUCUCGCUGCUGUUGCAAGUGGGCGUGCCCUGGUGGCUUCUGUCUUACUCCGAUGCUACCAAGCACGACAGAUGAGUGCUGCAAUCUUGGGGCAAGACAAGGAAGGAUGCAACGUGCUGCACCAUGCCAUUCACAGUGGCCACAGGGAGCUUGCGCUGGAGCUGAUAGAAGCAGUGCCCGCCCUGUCGAAACAUGUGAACAAGCAUGACGAGUCACCCAUGUUCAUCGCGGCGAUGAGAAAUUUUCCACAUAUUUUCGAGAAACUCCUGAGUAUUCCAGAUUCUAGUCAUGCAGGAGGGUAUGGAUGCAAUGCUUUGCAUGCUGCAGCUAGAGAUGGGGAUGAAGAAAGAACAAAAAAAAUUAUGCGGGCACGGCCUCAAAUGGCCAUAGUAGCUAACGACGGACACAACACACCAGCAAGACUGGCUGUACUUUUCAACAAAACCAAGGUAGUACGCAUAUUGCUGCAACAUGAUUGUUCUUUAGGGUAUGAAGUAAAUAAACAAGGUCGCACCCUCCUUGGGUCUGCUGCUUUUCGAGGUCACGUUGAUAUCGCUCGAGAGAUUCUGAAACAUUGUCCCGAUGCUCCUUAUUGCCGAACAAGUGACUGUCGUACAUGGCUUCAUACAUCUGUAUUGUUUGGUCAUGAGGAGUUUGUUGAAUUUAUCGUGGAGACACCACAACUUAGUAAACUCAUCAACAUGCAAGACAACACAGGAAAAACUGCUCUACAUUAUGCAGUUCAGAAGUGCAAUCCCAGAAUAGUUGCUUCCUUACUGUCCCACAAGGGUAUAGAUGCAACAACGAUGGACAAAAAUGGUUCUCCAGCAGGUUGGGAACUCUUGGGUGCCGUGGAGAAGGCCAAGACACUAAAUUGGAAUGAAGUGGCUAUGCUUAUGUCGAAAGCUUGUCCAGAAGAUGCUCCCGUUCUUCAUAAUCUACGUGUGCAAGCCAAGAGAGAGAUGACUGACGCAUCAAGGAAACAUGUAAAAUCACUAACUCAAACAUACACAAGCAACACAUCGUUGGUAGCGAUCCUCAUUGCGACAAUCACCUUUGCUGCCGCCUUCACCCUGCCUGGAGGAUACAGUAAUGAUGCCGGAAGCGAGGGACUUCCCAUCAUGUCUAAGAAAUUUGCAUUUCAGGCAUUCUUGAUCUCUGAUGUCCUAGCAAUGUGCUCCUCGUUUGCUGUCGCAUUCAUAUGCAUCAUAGCAAGGUGGGAGGACUACGAGUUCUUAAUUUAUUACAGAUCCUUCACUAAGAAGCUCAUGUGGUUUGCAUAUGUGGCAACAACUACGGCUUUUUCAUCGGGUUUAUACACUGUGUUGGCUUCUCGGCUCCAGUGGUUGGCUAUUGCAAUUUGUGUGCUGGUAGCUGUGUUGCCCAUUGUCACUAAGCUGCUAGGCAAAUGGCCUGUUUGGAGCCUCAAAAUUAGGCUGGGUAAAAGUUACAGGUCUGAUCUUCUUAGCAUGGUUUGACCUCGUCGAUCUGUUUUAUGGUUAUGCUUUCUCAAUAGCACUUUUAAAUUGAUCUGUAAUAAAUAUUAUCUGAUUACAUGUAUUGAACUGCUACUU